GACCUUCUUCUUAUUGGGAAAACGGGAAAUGGCAAGAGCGCCACUGGAAAUUCUAUCCUAGGUAGAAAUUGCUUUAAAAGCUCACCAAGUUAUUCAUCCGUGACGAAACAUGCCCAGUUCGAUUACUCUGACUACAACGGUCGAAUUAUCAAAGUCGUGGAUGGGCCAGGUAUUGGAGACACUGACCUUACCAAAGAUGACGCCCUGACUUUAGUCAUCAACGCCAUGAAUCACGCCAUAGCCGCUAAUCCUAAAGGCUACCACGCGUUCCUUCUGGUUCUUCGUUUCGGCGGUAGAUUCACCGAAGAAGACGUACAGACCAUCCAUGUUCUGAAGCAAAUUUUCGGUGAAGAGUUUGUCAAUAAAUUCUGUAUUCUUGUGGUAACACGGGUUGGAGAUUACGAUCCAGCUGAAACAGGAAUAGGUUCUCUGGUAGAUUGGUUGUUUGAACAAGAGGACGCCUUUAAACUAUUGCUAGAAGAGUGCCGUAACAGGGUUGUAUUAUUCGAGAAUAAAUCCAAGGACGAAGCAGUGAUGAGGUCGCAAAUCGACAAACUGAUAAAAAUGGUGGAUCAGCUCAGUAUUUUGGGACUCAGGUACACGGAUGAUCAUUUUAAAAUGGCUCAACAUAAACGUGAGAAGAUCCUCGUGGAAGCCAAGAUGCCUCUCAUUCAGGAGGAAAGCAUGAAAGAGGCAAGUCUGAUCAUUCAACAACUUGGAAACAUUCAGCUGGGUGAACCUGAGAAACAGUUGAAGCUCUUGGAAGGACUUCAAGCGAGAGCCGAAAAUUUGUUGGACAGCAUCAAGAAACAGGACAAAGGGACUGGUGCACUCAGGGCUAUAAUUACAAACAGCCAAGAUAUAGUGAGGUGCAUUAAACACCAGGUAGAAAUGAUGACCAGUGCCAAAAAGAUACAAGACAUGAGAGACGACCAUCGUAAGAGAAUGGACCAGUUGAAGGCGGAGAGAGAUCGGGAACGCCAGGAUGAGGAAGACAAGCAGCGUGCUGAACUGGAUAAACAA